UCUCUCUCUCUGACCCGUCUGUAUGUCUCUCCCUUCAUCUGCCCUAAGAAAGUCAGCGCCUUGUUCAUUCCCUCUGGUAGUGGUUGCGGAAUCCACGAAGCUUGUUGCUAUGGAGGCAGACUGGGAUCUACACGCGGUGGUCAGAAGCUUCACCGCCUCCUCCACCGCUGCUGCCGCCGCCGCCGCGGCUACAACGUCGACAGAUCUUGCACCCCAUGUUCCCGGGCCUUGCUCCUCUUUUGGAGUGGUGAAGAAAGAUGAGGGCUUUGUCUCUCCGCCGGAUCCUUAUGAAGCGAGGCACAGCUCGCUUGCGGAGUUGCAUGAACUGUACAAGCCCUUGUUCCCCAAGCCCCAGCCUCUCGUCUUUCAAAACGCUGCUGUUCCUGCUCCUCCUCCUUUCGGAGGAGUGGAUGGUCGACCCGCGCUUAGACAACAACCUAAUCCUGCUAACAAUAAUGGUUCUGCGGCUGCCUCCUCUUCUGGCUCCUGCAUGACAGGCUCCCAGUCUCAAGCUUCUCGCUCCAAAAGAAGCAGGAAGAGCCAGCUAAAGAAGGUUUGCCAUGUUCCAGCAGAGAGUCUGUCUUCUGAUAUCUGGGCUUGGCGUAAAUAUGGCCAAAAACCGAUUAAGGGCUCUCCAUAUCCAAGGGGAUACUAUAGAUGCAGCAGCUCGAAAGGGUGUUUGGCCCGGAAACAAGUGGAGAGGAACAGAUCCGACCCCGGAAUGUUCAUAGUCACAUACACGGCGGAACACAACCACCCUGCACCUACCCACCGCAACUCGCUCGCAGGUUCCACGCGUCAAAAGCCCGCUCAGACCGACGCUGUCGAAGACCCCAUCGCUGCAGCUGCUGCUGCCUCGACAAAACCUCCUUGUUCCUCACCAACUACCUCCAUGGAGGACGACGUGGCAAAAACUCAGAGCACAAACACUGAAAGCAGAGAAGAAAAGGAGGGUAGCAUGGCUGAUGAUGAAGAGGAUGGGGAAGUUGGGCUAUCUGAUAUGGCUCUGAGUGAUGAUUUCUUAGAGGGUUUGGAGGGAUUGACAGGAGGUGGUGAUGAUGAGGAUUGUUUCUUGGAUCGUUUUCCGGCGAACUUUGGCCAUUCCUGGACGGCUAACAAUACAGCAGCCGCCACCGGGGGUAGCUGACCCAACUGGUCAAGCAUAUUGUUUUGCAGUCGAGUUGGAACUUUCUGGAACACCUACAAUUCAUCAUCUUCUUUUCAUCCAUGUCGUAACAAUUAGCAUCCCUGUGCAGCUAAGCUUUAUAUAUGUGUUCUUCUUCAAUCUGUAUAAAGAUUUCACUAGGCAGGCGGAGAGAAGGAAAAGCUGCUCAUCUCUCUGUAUUAAGAGAUCGACAAUCCGGUAGC